AUGAUUGCCUUCGUUCCCUCAUCCGUUCGCUCUUACCUUCGUCUAGAUGCUCCGCCAGACGUUGGGCGUCUCUUGGAAGCCUACGACAUAGCUCGCUACCUCACCACAUUCAACAGCGCAGCUGAAGUGUUUGCACUUUUGAGCGUUUCGGAUGUGAGGAGAGCGCUGAUCAAGAGACCGCAAAGGGUUGAUCUGUUGAUCCGUCUCUUGAUCGCUCAUCUCGAAGCGCUUGUGCACGAUGAACACUUUUGUCCCAGACCUGUUGCAGCCGCCAAGAAUGCAAGCAGCGGCGGACCUCUUGGCUGGAUAAGUGCAGGUGCGGGUGCGGGUGCGACGAGAGGAGCAGCAGGCGCCCAUGAUGGUGAUGGGAGCGCGGCGCAGAGGCGGGACAGGCACAAGGAAUGUUUGAAUUGCUUGAGAAUAUUGACGAGAAUCAUUCCCGUCAUCUUGGAGGGAGAUCACGAUCUCACUUGCAACGCUUCAGCAGAGGGAGAGGGCAAUGGCGAUGGUGCUGGUGCUGGUGCUGGCGAUGGCGAUGGCAACAUCAAUCACAAUCCCAACCUCGACACCCAAUCCACGUCGGAAGGCGCGGUCAACAAUUCGACGCGCGCCAGCCUCAAUACUGAUGAAUUUCAGAAAAGACUCUUUUUCAGCAAGUUGAGAGCGGAUGAGUUGCCUCCGCUAGGCGAAGUCUUGACACCCAGAAGCCAUCCAUCGUCGCACAAUGCGUCAUCGGCAACAACCCAAGGACAGUCAAGCGAAGAUCAGUUCGUCAUCGAUGAUGAUGACGAGGAGGAGGAGGAGCAGCAGCAGCAGCAGCGAGAGCAGGAUGAAGAUGCAACUGCAACGACGGAAAUCGCCAAUGGCAGCGCAGAGCAAGAUCCAUUGAGCGCACACGCUGCUAAAGUGCAAGCUUCGAAGCAGACCAGAGCCGACAGCUCGACACGCGAUCUCGAUGACGAUGACGAUGAAAGGAAAGACGCGACGGAACCUUUGCUGAUUGAACGAUUACUAAGCCUCGUCAUCGAUUUGCUCUUCUACUCCGGCUUCACUAUUCCUUGGACGCCCGAACAGCUUAGUCUUCCUCACAACACGCCCGCAAGGGAGUCUCGCGUGCACUACGCAAUCUGGGAACAGGGAGUCGGCAGUUCCAUCGAGCUAGCAGGAGCUACUCGAGCGCACGAAUCUGCUCGCGUCGAGCUGAUGAGGUUGUUGCUGGUCCUGCUCAGCAGAUCCAUCUACGUCUCUGCUGCAAAUCAGGCCGACCUGCUUGAUGCUGCUUUGGAGUACACUUCUUGCAAGCUGGACAGGAGCGUCGUGCUGCCUUUGCUCUGCAGCUUGCUCAACACCGCGGUCAAGCACGCUGCAGAUUCGGGCUGGCUAGGUGGUCUUGGUAGUCUGGCAGCCAUUCCUGGAGGCCUUGUCAAGGACAGACUGAGCGGCACAGCGGGCGUGCAGGAAAAUCGAGCUGCCUUGGUAGGGCUUUGUCUUCAAACCUUGGACGUCAUCCUUGGCUACGUCCCCAACAUCAAAGACGCGCCCAACAGCUCUGCCUCAAAUUCUCAAUCGCAUCAAAGACCUUCUUUGACAGCUCAUUCCUCCACGAGUUCCAUCGCCUCCACCUCAUCUGAUGGUCCCAAGAACACAUCGCAAGCUCAAGCAUCGCACACCAAUGCUUUUCGCUUCUACCUUUCCAAGAUGCAUCGACACUCCGACUUUGUGCUGCUAAGUGCUGGCAUGUUCGAGAUGCUGAGCGCAAAGAUCAACUCGAUGGGCAUCCUGCCUUUGGCUUCCGCUGCCGCACCAGCCCUCACCACGGGCUCCGCAGGAGACACGGGUCCAGGCGCGCACAUGCCCGAAGCGCUGCUGCUCCUAUGGCGACUAAUGACUCUGAAUCCUCGUUUCAGACUCUUUCUCCUGGAUGAUCCGGUUCGAGCGCCUCUAUUGCUGUCUCGACUGCUUUUCCAUGCAUUGCACAACAAGGAUUCAGCAGCUCAGCAAGGAUUGGUUCGAUUGUGCGUCUUUGUCCUGCAAGACAUCAGUUCCACGCCUGCUUUUGCUGCUCAUAUCAGUGCUGCGGGAUCAGCGAACAGGGCCAAGAUACCUGGUGGGCAUAAGUGGGGCAUCACUGCUGGCGGAUCCAACGCGGGAGGCGGAGCGGGUGGAGAUGGAGCUGGAUCAGCAGCAGACGUUUUGAUACAAGCAACUUACUCGCUCAUGGCUACGACCAAGGGCAGUCUGUCAACGCUAUACGCCCCUCUGGUCAUCAGCCUGGCCAACACUGCUCCGGCAUGGACGAACAUCACCGUGCUUAGCUCCCAACGUCUAGUCAGCCUCCUCAGCAGCUUCUCUGCCCCGAGCUUUUUGCUCGCAGACGAAUCGCACCCCCGCCUCGUCUUUUUCUUGCUGGAAACCAUCAAUGGCGUCAUUCAUCACCACCCAAAACAGAAUGCGAAUCUCAUCUAUGCCUUGCUGCGAAAUCACAAGAGCGUCUACAGGCUCGUCACGUUUACGCUGCGCAAGGGAGUUGCGGAGAUCAGAAGGAACAGAAUGCGGGCGGAUAGCGCCUUUGCGAAUAUUGGCGCAAGGAUUGGACAGCUUCCUGUCGCACCAAAUUCGGGCACUACGACUCCUGUGCCCUCGCACAGUCCAAGCGCGCCGUUCUUGAGCCCUCGAGCUCUGGGAGCGGAUGCAAAGGACCCUUUGGCUGCUGCUGCUGCUCCUGGCGCCACUGCUGAAGCGACAGUCACAGCUCCAACGGCCUCCAACGCCCCGCCUGGCGACGAAGAAAAGGCGAGGAUGUUGCACAGGGACGAGGAGGAAUCGAGUCGACUCGCACAGCUUACACUCGACGAAGGCGUCGCGCAGCCAGGAGGGGUGCGCUCUGAGAAGGCGCGAGGCAAGAUGAGAGAGCAAGAGAGCAUCAGCUUGCAGGAAGACACGGGGACGGGCGUAUCGUCAAAUGCGUCCGCUCCGCACGCUUCGUCCGAAUUCCCAGCGACGCGCGACGAGGCAGAGGUCUGGGCAGAAUCCUUGACCGAUGCGGAACUGCAAUUGGCAGCGGAAAAUAUCGGCAGGAAUGGCUUUGUGCCUACCCAGCCUUGGAUCGCAUCGUGGCAAAAGGGCCUCCCAUUGGAUUCUCUGCAGAUCCUCCUUGGAGAAGUGCUGCCUAAGCUCAACGAAUUGGUCAAGAGCGACCAGAUACGCGGCAAGUCCGAUGCAGACUCUAGGGUCUGCGCAUGGAUUCGAGAAGUGGACUUGGAUCGCGUAUUGCCCCAAAAACCGCCAGUGUGUGAGUCAGAUUGGGGAGUAGCGGCUGUGCUUCUCGACGAUCUCCUUGAGCCUGAGCAUCGAGCCUUUUCGCUUUCUCCUUUGACGGUCUGGAUGUUCACAGAUUUGCGGCCUUUCAAAUGGAACGAGCAAGCUAGGAUAUGGAUCCUUUCUUAUUUGUGGGGCCUGGUGUAUGUCUCUGCCCAAUUGCCAUAGUGAGAGCGGCCCUUCUCGAACCUGCCAAUCCCUCUCCGCGCGCGCGCAAGCUUAUUGAUUCUCAACCCUGCUCUUGGGUUACAGUGGCAUCUACACUGGCACAUCUGCACGCUUAUUCCAGCUCCGCACGCCCAAUAGGCGCACGGCGCAAGCGGCAAGCACAACGAACCGCACCGCUAGCCCGAGUAACAGGGGUGGCGCUGGCGCUAGCGCUUGA